AAUUUGACUAGGUUUUAAUUUUUCUUGCUUGAAGUUCUGGAUAAUGAGAUCAGGAGUGUCCCCAUGGGGAAGAAGAAGUGCAGAUUGCAGAAUAGUGCACGUACGCACACGCAUGAUUGAUCGGUGUGAUGUAACUGAUGACCAGGCACGUUGUUCUGCACCCCUUUUCAGAAAAGAAGUUUUAGGAGAAACGCCCACAUCCCUCCCUACUUCAAGAGGGAUCGUCCAAUCCUCAUCCACCCAGGGUGAGCAGGACACUAUUUAAAAGCCUUGCUGGAUGCAAUUCUGUCUGCUUUGUUUCAUGUGCAGAAAUUUGCGCUGUCUGGAUUGCGGACGCAUCAUCCUUGGUUUCUGGGGCGCCUGACAGAAUCUCCAAUAAUGGCAAUGCUGAGACGUUUCCCGAUAACUUGCUGGAAGAAUUUUCAAGUGGGCCUGCUGAAUGAGCAGCUGGUUUUUCUUUCACGCUCUUUGCACAAGUCUGCGGCCAGCGAGGCUCUGGAGAUCCCCGCAACCGCAGAGGAGGCCAUGUCUGGCAGACUGGUCCAACCGGCGGCGGCGGCGGCGGAGACCGAUGACAAACAAUCCACCGUUUCAGAGACGAGAAUCAAGAGUCUGACGGAGAUGCCCGGACCCAACACCCUCUCCAACUUGAUCGAGUUCUUUUGGAGAGACGGAUUCGGCAGAAUCCAUGAGAUCCAGUUGGAGCACACAAAGAAGUAUGGAAAGAUCUUCAAGUCCCGUUUCGGGCCCCAGUUGGUGGUCUCCAUAGCAGAUCGUGAUUUGGUAGCAGAGGUGCUGCGGGCUGAGGGGGUGGCCCCUCAGAGAGCCAACAUGGAGUCCUGGCACGAGUAUAGAGACAUGAGGGGCCGUGCCACGGGGCUCAUCUCAGCGGAGGGAGAGGAAUGGCUGCAGAUGAGGAGUGUGCUCAGGCAGCUCAUCAUGCGCCCGCGUGACGUGGCGGUUUUCUCUGAUGAUGUGAACAAAGUGGUGGACGACUUGAUCAAGAGAGUGGAUUGUCUGAGAGGGCAGCAGUCAGAUGGCACGUCUGUGAUGAAUGUGAAUGACCUCUUCUUUAAAUAUGCCAUGGAAGGUGUGGCUGCGAUUUUGUACGAGUGUAGACUUGGAUGCUUGGAGAACAACGUUCCCCAGAAAACCCAAGACUACAUUGCUGCCCUGAACCUCAUGUUCAGCUCCUUCAAGACAACCAUGUAUGCCGGGGCGAUCCCUAAGUGGCUCCGUCCCAUUAUUCCCAAACCAUGGGAAGAGUUCUGUGCCUCCUGGGAUGGACUUUUCAAAUUCAGCAUCAUUCACGUUGAUAACCGGUUUGCAGAGAUCAAGGCCCAGCUGCAGCGAGGAGAGGAGGUGAAGGGGGGGCUGCUUACACACAUGCUCACCACAAUGGAGAUGAGCCUGGAGGAGAUCUACGCAAACGUAACAGAGAUGCUCCUUGCUGGGGUUGACACGACCUCCUUCACCCUGUCCUGGGCCUGCUAUCUGUUAGCUCAACACCCUGACGUACAGGAGCAAAUUUAUGCCGAAGUCACACAGACUCUGGGGCCUGGUACAGUCCCCACAGCUGACGAUGUCCCACGCCUGCCUCUCAUCAGAGGGCUUGUGAAAGAGACUCUCAGGCUUUUCCCAGUUCUCCCAGGAAAUGGACGGAUUACUCAGGAUGACCUGGUGGUGGGCGGAUACUUCAUCCCCAAAGGGACUCAGUUGGCCCUGUGCCACUACUCCACAUCUAUGGACAAUGAGAACUUUGCCAGUGCUUCAGAAUUUCAACCAGAUCGCUGGGUACGGAAAGAAGCUACAGACCGAGUCGACAACUUUGGCUCCAUCCCCUUUGGCUACGGCAUCAGGAGCUGCAUUGGCAGGAGGAUCGCAGAACUGGAGAUGCAUUUAGCUCUCACAAGGCUCAUUCAACAUUUCCGCAUAGGGGUGUCUCCUCUCACCACAGAGGUCAAGGCCAAAACCCACGGCCUGCUCUGCCCUGGGGCUCCCAUCAACCUGCAGUUCAUCGGAAGAGAAAACUAGACAGACUCUUCUCUCUAAGCUUUCCUCUGCUGGACACUAAGGUGCUGAAUCAUCACUGCUUCUAGAAUAUUUUUUAUUCAGGCCAGAAUUUCAUCCAGCCUGUUUUUUAGGACACAAAUGCCAUGUGAACAAUUAAAACACAGUUUUGAAUGUAUACUGGCGAGAACCACUGCAGCUACUUUAGCUCCCUUUAUCCAUCAGAGUCCAAAUGGUGAGCAGAAGAUUGAACUUCUCUCUGUGCAGGAACUGUAUUUUAUAAUAAUAUGCAUGUAUGGGGAAAAAUGGUUUAAUGUAUGCUUGAAUGUUGGUUAAUAGUGUGUUCCUUUACACGCUUGAAUGAUUUUGAGAAAACAAAUCACUGAACAGGGGCAGCUGUUAAACGAGCUGCGAUUUGCUGAGUGAACCUUAUUCAAUAAUUAUGUUUGUCUUUAAUGCAAACCAAAGUUACAGGUUGAAAACAUUUCGCUGAGACUUUAAAUUUGACUUGUGGAAGUGUAUAGCUAUUACAUGAAAUCCAUUCCAACUCUGAAAAAACCUUAACAUUGUAAGGAAUUAUGAUGUAAACUAUAUAUGUGUGUGUGUGUGUGUGUGUGUGUGUGUGUGUGUGUGUGUGUGUGUGUGUGUGUGUGUGUGUGUGUGUGUGUGUGUGUGUUUGAAGCCUUUUAGAAAUUAAAUAAUAUUUUUAAUCAAACAUAAAAAAUUAAAAAAAUAAUAAGAUAAGGCAUUUCUCUUAUUUCUGAGGCUCAUGGAAUGUGCUUAUAUUUUUUAUGCUGCCUGUGUCAAAGUUUUCUAGCAAUCAAAGAGGUUUGUGAUGGGCUGAAUAUUGUUUUUUUUACUAAGGAUGAACAUAAGUCUGCGAUAGUUUGUUGCAAAGGGAAAAAAGCAAGUUGUUACAAGGAUUAUGUUGGAUGGAAAGAGAGUAAAUUAACAUUUUUUAUCUUGUUUUUAUCUCCAAAUGUGUCUUUGAUGUUUUGCCUGUAGUUGAUGUGAAACUGGAAAACAAUAAAAACUUAAUUUCAA